CUCGUGCAUCGAGUUUCCUUCUUCUGAAUAUUCCUACCAUAUUUGGAAACUCUUGGAAUAGGAGUAAAUAUUAGUACUAGCAGACACUAGUUUUGACCGCGAAAAUGAGUAAAGACGCAGUGUCUCGUAUCAUUUGUGUGAUUCUGUUUGCGUUGGUCACCCAUUUUCGAUUUCUUUUCUCCGCAUAAAAUGGCACCAUCAGGAAGACGUCACAAGCCGGGUCUCAGGCGCAUGGAUGCCGCUAUUGAGGCUCUUACACCCAUGGGUUUCACUCCCCUUCAAAUUAAACGCCGAGUUAAUACCUUGCUGAAACUGUAUGAUGGUGGAUGGGUUUUCAUCGAGGAUUCUGCUUACAAAGUGCUCAUUGAUUCUUUACUGGAGGAUGAGGACGGGGUUCAAUCUGAAGUAGAGGAGCCCGUAUCUAGCCGCAGUAUUAGGGAUUCGCCAUUUGACAGUAGACAUCAAUGUAUUGAGGAAACUAAGCCAUCACCAGCUGAGCCAUUACGAGUUGAAGCAUCACAAGCUGAGAAAUUACGAAUUGAAGCAUCACAAGCUGAGCCGUCACAAGCUGGAUUAUCACAAUUUAAGACAUCACCAGUUGAGUUAUUACAUGCUGAAGCAUCACAAGCUGAGCCAUUACUAGCUGGAGCACCACAUGAAGGUAGUAGACCUAAGAAACAUAAACUUUGUCUUGGUUGGCUUGGGCCGAAGGAUGAAGAAGACUAUGUUCUAUUGGAGCCUUCACCAGUUCGGAGUUGGAUUACUGGACAGAGACUACGAAAGCGAAAAUCUGGGUGGGAUAUGAAGCCAGAUGAUCCAUGGAUGAUGAUGCAUCAAAGGACUGCAAGCUAACUUGUACAUUGCUAAUUUCUUUGGUAUGCUUUUAGCUUACUGCAUUUGGACUUGGAGAAUAGAGAACUGUUUAGGUCUCGUACUAGAAGAUUAGGACAUGCACUAACAAAUUAAAUUUAGGACGAUGUAUUGAAGAGCUUGAAGGUGAGAAUUUUCACAACUAGAACAUUCUCAGAAAAUCCACAUUUAUGUUUUCACUACAUGCUUAUAUGGUGUUGAUUCUGACGAUAUUUAUUGGGGCAAAUGUCUAGCAUUGAAAAUAAAAUCACUAGCUAUAAAAUGGCAUAAAAUAUAAAAAGGCAUAUGACAUAAACUCACUAUCGAUUUUGGGCUUACUGGCCCUCAGAUUUAGUGUCCCGUCAUAAUCGACAACCCAUCCUCUCACUAGACGUUAAUCCGUCCCUAAACUACUGAGGCAUAGCAUAGGGAGCCAAGGAUUGGCAUAACCACCUGGCUUUCAAAGUCAGCCGAUUGGCCCAGAAGAGCCGCUUACACCACAUGGAGUAAAUAUGUGAAAGGAUGUUUACCACACCUUUCACAUACCCACCUGAAUCCAUUCUCUGUUGGGGUGGGUGCUAGAAACUUACUACCGGUUUUGGGCUUAUUGGCCCUAUUAGGCGAGUGUCAUGUCACAAGCGAAAACCCACCUUCUCACCAGGUGUCAAUUCGUCUCUAAACUACUGAGACGUAGCAUAGGAGGCCAAGCAUUGGCAUGACCACUUGGCUUUCUGAGUCAGUCGAUUACGGCUCCGAAGAGUCGCCUACCCCAUAGGGAGUAGAUAUGUGAUCGCUGAAAGGUACUCUUAUAGAAUCCCGUUUUUGAAAGCAUCUAUUGAGUAUAAAAAAGUUUAUAUAAGAAAAUUGGACAACUUGCAUCUAUCAGUUAAACUUUAGCCUGUUAAAGUUUAAUAGGUUGAACUUUAACAAUUACAUCCGUUGGAACGAACUUUAAAAUUAGUUUUGAUCCGGCCGACUUUUUUUACUUGGAACCUAAACAUCAAAUAAUUUUGUUUUUUAAUUCAAAUUGUUUAAAAUUUUAAGUAAGGAAAUUGAAAAAAAGUUAAUUAGAAGUAAUUAAAAAAGGGAGUUACUAAAUAUCGCCACC